CAAAAACUGCGCGAUCGAGCCAUUUUUUUUUUGACGCCAGUUCGGUUCGGUCCGUUUGUUGGUUGUACAAUCGUCGUUCUAGGGAAGAAUAUGCAACUAUUUUGGUGCACAACAGCAGAUGAAAUUCUUUAGAUUCUUGAAUUGCGAUAGAAGUGAAACGGUAGUGAUUCUGACUAUUCCUGUUUCAUUGCCAUAAUAUUUACGUGAAUUUCCGUUCAGGAUUUUUAAGUGCGCAGUUUGGAAAUGCACGAGAAUAAAAACUUGAAAGUGAAAUAACAAAAAAACGGAAUAAGGGUAGUGUUCCAAAGAGGGGGACAAAGGCGCUACGUCAAUAGAAGAAGCUGUGCGUGCAUUAAUAUUAAUCUGUUGCGGGGGUGUGAACUGGGUUGUGUUCAUAUACCCACACUAGCUGCUGGACGUCUACUAUAAUAUAUUCAGAACGACGUAAAAUGGCAAAUGCACUGCAUCUGCUCGAACCGUGCGUGAUGUGAUGUGAAAUGCAUAUAUUUCUUUCGUUUGCAACGAUUAUCUAUGAAGUGGAUCUGGAAAAGGUUGCAUUUGUGAGUUAUAUCGUUCAAGGCUGAGACAAGCAAACUGGAAGUGAAGUAAUUGUUGCAGCUUACUGCAAUCGUUUGAGGAAUUCGGUUGCUGGAACAUCGGUGUAUAAUUGGAGCAAUCAUCAUUUUACACGUUAACAACAGAAUCAUCCUGUAUUCAUCUAUAUAAAACCAACAAACAUCCAGCAUAAUGGGCAACGUAGUUAAUAAGGUCACCCAUCCGAUCCAGGCAAUGCGAGGCAAGAAGCGCAAACGCGAGGACGAAGACUCGGACAGCAACGAGGAGAUCAACGAUUUGCUCGACAAAUCACUUGCUACUCCCAAGCGAAAAAAGCUAAUCUCAACGGCCAAGUACAUCUACCAGGCGCUGUUCAAAGAGGAACGCAACUCGGACAUCACGGUGCAUGCCCUCGGGAAGGUGUGGCACUUGCACAAGGUUUACCUCAGCCAAAGUCCCUACUUUGCCAGCAUGUUCAACGGAUCGUGGCGCGAAGCGGAGGAAGAUUAUGUUCACAUUGAGAUAAUAGACCCGAAGAUCACCAUAGAAUCUCUGUACUCGGUGUUCGGGUCGUUGUACAUGGAUGAGGUUGUGCUGGAACCGCGGGAGAUCGUUUCCAUUCUGGCCACGGCUACCUUGUUCCAGCUGGACAGUUUGAUCGACCGAUGCGCCGAGGUGAUGAUCGAAACAUCAAACGCGGAGACGGCGGUUAAGUAUUACGAAGCCGCAUGCGAGUACGGAGUGAAGAGUGUGAAACAAUCCACAUUCAAUUGGCUGCUGGUGAACUUGCUGAGUUUGUACUAUAAAACCGGCAAGUGGUUACGGUUGAUUAGCAUCGAGCUGAUGGAGCUACUGGUGGCCAGUCCCGAUCUGUAUGUGAUGCAAACCGAGCUGUCACUCUACACUUUGUUGAGGUAUUGGAUGUACUUGAAGUUGCAUCCGGGAGGAGAGGAGGUCGGUGCUUCAGAAGAGAAGUUGCAGUAUUUCUCUAAUAGACAGAGUUCGGUUGCGUUCUUGAAUACUCCAAAGGGAAAACCGUACGAGAAAUGCUUUCGAGCGUUAAGAUUGAACAAUUUACUCAAUCACCAUGUGGACAUAAGGGUGUUACGGCAAGAUAAUAUAAUUCCUGUAGAAUGGAUGCACGAACCUCUGUUUCAGCAAUGGAAUAGCAUGUUGUUGGUUGAUCAAACGCUGGAUAAGGGACCAAAAGACGUAGACGAAAAGUUAUUCUUGGAAUCUUGCAUAAGGUGUGGACGAACCCUUCCCGAAAGCGAAUAUCUUAAGUGGCGAUGGACCGGGUUUAAUUUCGGACUGGAUUUGAUUCUGAUAUCGGACACUAAAACGUUAAGAGUAAAGCGCCAUCACAGGACAGAAAACGAGCGGUUACUAAGCUUACAGGUGAAACGGCAAUUCCAAAUUCGAGUCUCGGUAGCAUCCCUCAACGAUCUGCGGCAAAUCAAACAUCAGCAAACGACUCCGAUCCAGUCAGUGUCGUUGGAUAAAAACGAAGAAGCGAUGCUGAUCAUGUUCGACAAAGAACUCACAUACCCGCUACUCAUUUCCGUAAAUAUGUUAGUCGUUUCACCUCCACGAACUAGUCCCAACUCUCCAGCCGUCCAGGGAUCACCUACAGCAGGCCCGUCCAGUUCACGACACACGCAUCGCGACGAGGAAGAAUCUUUAGACGCUGUUGGAGCCGACAUCGCCGUGAGCUCAUGAUUGCACACCAUUCGGACCAAAAGGGUUCGUCGACCUCCACAGCGCUCCGGAGGAGAUACGUCAGGAUGCUGAAAUGUACUGGUUGGUAGCAGGGGCUAGUGAACCCGUUUCGUUAUCUUCCACCGGGUGGGAAGGUGUGGUAUCAGCUGUUUUAAGUUAUCGUGCGAUUUAGCGCCGGACAGCGACACAUACACAUGUCGGAAACACUGUUGUUACACACAGAUAGCAUUACACAUAGCAUUAGAUACUCUAACAGCAUUUUCCUGCUUUGAUGUUUGGGUAUACAAUGAAAGCGAUAAGGGUAAACGCAAUGUUCUUAUAUCUUGGGUCAGUUCGAAUUGUAUAAAUAGGCCCAACUGAUAAGGUGUGUGCCAUUUUUUCUUGCGCCGUUUGCAAUACAACUCAAGCUCAGUGUCUUACUCUGUAACUAUCGGUGAUUGGAACCGUAAAUGUUGGGAAGAUUUUUAAAUAUUGGGCCUUUACAACUGCUGGAUUGUAGCUUGUUAUGAAUAUUUGAAAUUUUAUUGAUUACGGUUAUUGGAAUAUUUGCCUUUGUGAACAUUAUUUGAUGAAUUAAAACUUUUCAUUCGAAUUACUAUUUUCUUGAAUAGUUAUCAUCAACAACAGUUGGGUAUCAGUUGUUGAGUAAAUUCUCUGUAGAUGUAUUUGUAUUAAAUCCUGAUGUAUUGAAGGUCUAAGAUGUUCUUCAUACGAUUAUCAUGCAAAUAAAUUUAACUUGUUCAAUGUUUGGAGUUAUCCCAGUGUGCAAAUUUAUCUUUUUUUUUCCAUACAGUGGAGUGAUAAAAGCCGACAAAAAAUCAAAUAAUAUCGGUACUCGUAUUACAUAAUAGAUAUGUUACCCAAAAUCUCUUUAAAUAAGUUUAACACUCCGCCAUAAGUAAGUUCAAAUGUUAUAUAAAACACACCCAGUCACAUACUAUAAUAAUUACAACAAACACAAACAAAUAAUGAGUAGACGAUCAAAAUAAGUGAUAAUGAACGUUCAAUUACUAUCAACCAACGAUAUAAUUACAGUUAAGACAACAGAAAAGGGGUAUAUUUACUUAACUAAUUAAUUAACUCAUAGGAUUAGCACUCAGCGUAGAAAUCGUUCGGAUUCUUCCAAUUGCAUCCUGAUUUGAAAUAAAGUCAACGGUUACAGAAAGUAUAUUCCCGUACGUACGUACCUAUUGAAAUAAGUCUUGCAUUCUAAUCGCGUCGCAGUGUGACUAACUUCCACGCCUAGGUUUUCAUUUAGACUGCAUAAAUGAGUCGACGGAAACAGCGCAAAAUUGUGUAACGGAGAUCCAUCUGCCCAUUUAUAUUUGUUUAUAGGAUUUAAGAUUUUAUUUACAAUAACAUCGAAUCGGAAUUCUUUUUCAAAUUGAU